GAUUCAAGUGCCCUGUAUGUUCAAAAUUUGUAUCUUCUGAUGAAAUGGAUUUACAUCUUGUGAUGUGCUUGACAAAACCAAGGAUAACCUACAAUGAGGACGUGCUGAGUAAAGAUGCUGGGGAGUGUGCAAUAUGCCUGGAAGAGCUGCAGCAAGGAGAUACUAUAGCACGGCUGCCUUGCCUCUGCAUAUAUCAUAAAGGCUGCAUAGAUGAAUGGUUUGAAGUAAAUAGAUCUUGCCCUGAGCAUCCGUCGGAUUAAGAGAAGAUUCAUGUUUUUAGCUGCUUCCACUGAUCGGACGACGUAGGAGAUGGAGGUUCCCUCGCUGAACACAGCGCGCCUGGCUUGAGACUCACGGUUCGUUGUGGCUGCAAAAGGCAAAUAUGGACAGGGACACGGGAUAAGCGUUGCGGAGCCCAGCUACUUGCCAGUAGUGCUCAGAUACCAAACACUCAUGCAAAGGACACACAGGGAUUUUGAAAAUGCUGCACAUUCUGUAACAAUCUACUCCCCACAGACAUUACUGUUGCUAUUUUGUACUGGAAGGCCAAAGUUCCUCAUUUCAGCCUAACUUCUGGCUCUGUGAAGAAGCAGAUUAUUGGACACGUUUCCCAGCGCCACGCGGGGCAGCGGAGAUGUUCGAUACGCGCGGUCUGAGACCCAUGCAGGAGGACGGCCCCGGUUUGAGAGGGAACAUUUUCACCUUCUUACUGGCUCAAGAAGAGUAAAUGGUGAACUGAAUAUAACAUAACCUAACAGUGUGACCUUAUUUACUGAAAUCACACCCUCUUGUAUGUUCUUCACUUUUUUUGAGAACAGCAAACAUAAACUUCUCUGCGUAGGAAUACUAUAUUUCCAAGUUUUGUAACUGAACCUUUGUCACAAUGCAGUCCAAAGAGUAAAACCAAGACAGGUAACUAAUUUAUAUUGAUCUAGCUGUAGGGAUUGUUGAAAUCUGUACGUUGUAUUGCUAUUUAAGUAACUAAAACUUCUCUUUUACUGCUUGUGAGUAAAACCGAUAAAAAGAAAUGCAGCAAAGCAAAAUCUUACAGCUAUGCAAUUUUUUUUUUAAUAGGAAAAAAAAAGAAGAAUUACGAAUUUUAAGUGCUGCCAGUUAAGGUAAUUUGUUUAACGGGUAUUUUUUUAAGAAACUGUUUCAGGUAAUUAUUUUAUUGUACUACUCUCAUCUCCAGGCUGCCUCCUGAGGUAUAAAUGAAUAACUGCAAAUGUGGGCACAGCAAGUGGUUUUUGUAGGCAUAGGUGAGGUAACAUUGAGGUGGGAUUUGGAUUUAAUUUUUAAAAUACUUACGUGCAAGCGUUUUUUGUUGUUUUAGUAUUUUUUUUCAUGGCAGGAUCUGUAGUAGUUUGCAUCUUAAUCAUUGGUCUCUUCAUGUGAAGACUGGCAUUU